AUGGAAGAUACAAAUAGAAUAGAAAAGAAUAAGAUUAAAGUCCAAUCUCAUUCAAUAUCAACCCAGGUGUUCAAAUUUAUAUUAAAUCAAUCAUAUCUUAGAAGAUUGAUAUUCAAUCAUGUCAGUUCUAUUCACAAACAAUUAGAGAUUACAACUGUUAAAGUAUCAUCACUUUACACUCUGAUUGAUUAUAUUAGAUAUGGUUUAAAUGAUCUAUUCUUUAAACAUAUUGAUCAACUUUGGUCAUUGAUGUUUCCUGAUGAUGGUAGAUAUAGAAAUGAUAAUAAUGGUAGAUUAACUAGAAUCAUUACAACAUCAAUUGAUUAUCAUAAUGAUAUAGUUUUAGAAUACUUGUUGAAUAGAAUUAAAAAAGAGAUUGGACCAUUUCAAACGAUGGUUAGAAUCAAUUACGAUCACACAAAGACAUUUUUGGGUAGUUAUCAAAUUGUAAACUGUAUCAGUGCAAAUAUAUUCAAGUUGUUGGUGGAUGACAAUGUGUUUAUCGAAUCUGAUGAUUUGUUGCAAAGAAUGGCAAAGACUACAUUUACGGUGAUUGGGGACACUGAUACCAUUCAAAAUCUAUUCCAACGAUACAAACUCAAGAAUCUUUGUUAUUUAUUUGCCGACACAACAAACGACAACAAAACUAUUACAAUUUUCAAAUACAAGAAUGAUUACGAGUUGAUCCAAGUCUACAACGUAGUCAAAAAGGACCCACAAUUCAAUGACUGGAGACAGCAUCUUGUUCCACUAUUAUCUCCAUUCUCUACCAAAAAUACCAUAGAGAAUGAAAGAAAGAGGGCACUUUUUAAAAAUAGAUCCUCUUUCUGGAGCAAAGAAUUGUUUGCCAAAUUUGGUAAUGCAACAGACUUGGAUUUCUUACAAUACAACAUUGUCGCCAUUUGGUGGGUUCAAGUUUGUUACAUGCCAAACAAAUUCAAACGUAUCCAUCCAAUCUUUUGUUCACGUCGAUACAUUGAUCUAUUGUCUAUGCAUCGUUAUUCUAUUCUCUCAAACACCUAUUCUCAAAUAGUUCGAUCAACACUCCAACAAGCUCCCAUUGGAAAAGAGUAUGAAGAAUUGGAUUAUCUACUCAACUCUUCUUUCGGUCAACAACUAACAAUUAAUUUGGUAGAUGCGUUUGAAUCAAUCAUUGAUCAUAUGGGUGGUGAUGACAGCCAACACUUGAUUGAAAGAUUGGUCGCUCAUGUUCACCAACACCCCAAUCGGUGUGCAUUGCCAGUCAAGUCUAUAUCCAAAUUCAUCAACUCUAACCACCCCGGUCGGGAUCAGUUCAUUUCUUUUGUGAGAACCAUCACCAAUGAGAUAUUACCAGACUUAUAUAAAUUCCCGUACAAUCCAAUGCCUCAUCUUCUUCACCCAUCAAUUGUCGCAAGCAUUUCAAAACAAUUUGAUGGUUAUUCAUAUUACUUUCUGACAAGUGCAGCCAUGUCAAAUGAUUUUGAACUGUACAAACGUAUUUAUAAAUUACUUGGUAAGAAUCCUCUAAGAAUGGACCACUAUUCAAUCAAAAUGAUUCUUUCAAUUAUCAAUGCAGGUUACCAUGAAAUUGCAUCACAAAUAUUGGAUUUCAACCCUCCAAUCAAACUAUUGCCACCACCUCAAGGAAAGAUGCCUUUAAAAAAGUGUAUCAAUCUUUUGUUUCCUUUAUGUUUUAGUUUUAUUAUGGCUGGAUAUUGGAAAUCUGCCAAUACAUUAAUUGAAAUUGUACAACCAAAAAAACAACAUGAAAUAAUCUAUUAUGCAAUUGAAUUGACAGACGAUCAAUUCAGCUCACUUUGGAAGAGAUAUUCAAAGGAUAUUGAAAUUUCAAAAUGGUUAGAUUAUCCAAUGCAUCAUCUCAAACAUUUAAAAUAUGAUCAAAAGUUUUUUAAUCAUUUACAAAGAAUCUAUAACCAUAUCAAACAAGAUCAACUUGAUCAAUACCAAUUCAUCAAAUAUCCAAUGAAUCCACCUCCAUUGAUAAUUGAAUAUAUUGGAAUUUGGAAUCAAUGUUUACAAAAUUAUUAUUUCCAAAACAAUAAUAUUAAUAAUAAUAAUAAUAAUAAUAGAAUAGUAAAUAAUUAUACUCAAAAAGAAUAUGAAGACUUUAUGAGUUGGGCAAUUGAAUUUGGUUUCAUCAUUCCAAAGUUGGAAUAA